AUGUCUAAAUAUAAUCCUAAUGAUCGUGAGAAAAUUCGAAGAGCCUACUUACAAAGAGGUCCUCAUCAACCGCGUGGUCAUAAGUUCCGUCAAACAGCUUUUGGUAAAACAAAAAGGAGAUUUAUUCUUGUUUGGUUAGAAUACAGCGUGACGGAAGAUGCUGCAUUCUGCUUAUAUUGUUAUUUAUGUGAUGAUGAUGUCGAAGCAAGUGAUGGCAAAUCUUUCAUAACCGAAGGAUUCAAUAAUUGGAAAAAGCCGGAAAGUUUUAAAAUUCAUAUUGGUGGUCCAGGGAGUUUAGCAUUUCGGGGCCAUGACGACUCAGAACUUUCAAGUAAUCAGGGCAACUUUAGAGAGUUGUUGAAGUUUUUGGCAGACCACAAUGAAGAAACAACAAAAUUCAUCUUGCAAAAUGCUCCAAAAAACAACAAGUUGUACUCUCAUAAAAUCCAAAUAGAUAUAGCAUCGUCUUGUGCAAUUGAAACUAGUAAGCUUAUAACUGAAGAUAUUGGGGAUGACUACUUUUCUAUUUUGGUUGAUGAAUGUCGUGAUGUCUCUACGAAAGAACAAAUGGCACUUGUACUUCGAUAUGUAGACAAAAAAGGUUACGUAAUUGAACGCUUUCUUGGGAUUGUACAUGUACCAAAUACUAACUCUUUGUCCUUGAAAGCAGCCAUUGAUUCAUUACUUGCAACAUACAAGCUUACUGUGUCACGAAUUCGUGGGCAAGGCUACGAUGGAGCUAGCAAUAUGUGA